CAGCAGUUGUGAGGCGAUUUUUUCACUGGCUGGACGCGCGCGCACGCUUGUUUUCGGGGGAUUCGUCGGCGAGCCGCGCGCGAAUUUGCAAAUAAUAACAAAAACAACAAUAUCGACGGCGACGGCGUGGUUUUGCGCGGGCACGUGGCGACGGUGAUCUGAGUUGCGACGGCAAAUUGCCGCGUGCUUUUGAAGAGGGGUUUGUGCAACAGGAACCAAAUGAUUGCUUGCAGCAGGAUUGUGUGAAGGAAAAGUAAUUGUCAUCGUGAAAUGUCAGCAUGACAGAUGAUAAUUUUUGGCAGUUUUGUGAAUUAAUUUGAUGCCGAAGCUUCGGCUGCUAAUCAAGUUAUUGUGAGGAAUAAAUUGCAAGAUAAGUGUCCUUUGGAUUGAAAAAAGGAUUGUGAGAAUUGGUUGUGAAUCGUGCCAAUUUGGUGUGCUGAAAAGGAUUUGUUUGAGAAGGAUAUCAAAUCAACAAUGACGGACAUGAUUGAUCUGAGGAUGCAUCAGCAUAUUGCGCACGAGAUCUACCGGCAGCAGAUGCUGCAAAGGAUUCCAGAUCCUUUCCCGUCGAUGCUGCCAGUGCCGAUUCCGCAGAUGCACGCGAUGGCCCUGCCACCGCGCUACCAGCAGCUUCCGGGUGUCGAGAUGAAGCUCCAGAACAAGGAGCUGUGGCGGGACUUUCACAAGAUCGGCACCGAGAUGAUCAUCACCAAGUGUGGGCGACGAAUGUUCCCCUCGAUGAGGCUCACCGUGGACGGCCUGGACGCGGACACCAAUUACUGCGUGCUGCUCGAGAUGAUGCCCAUCAGCGACUGCCGGUUCAAGUUUAGCGGCUCGCAGUGGGUUCCGGCGGGUGGCGCCGAACCCCAGAGUCCGCAGCGCUUUUGUCUGCACCCGGACAGUCCGGCCCUCGGGACGCACUGGGCCUCGCAGCCGAUCGUGUUCAACAAGGUCAAGCUGACCAACAACACGCUGGACAACAACGGACACGUGGUGCUAACCAGCAUGCACAAGUACCAGCCCCGGAUACACAUCAUCCGGACGGCGGACCCGUCGCAGAUCCCGUGGGCGGCCCAGCAGGCCUUUGUCUUCCCGGAAACGGAGUUUGUGGCCGUGACCGCUUAUCAGAACGAUCGAAUAACCAAGCUCAAGAUCGAUCACAACCCGUUCGCCAAAGGAUUCCGCGAGACGGGCCAGUCCCGGUGCAAGAGGAAACUUGGCAGCACUGGCCACGGCGGCGGCGGCAAUACAUCAACGUCAUCGUCGUCUUCCUCGUCGUCGGGGACAUGUGGCCAGAUGACAGAUGACGAGGAUCGCAACGAUCAGCUACACGACCUGCUGCUCGCCAAGCGGUCAAGAUCAAACGAAGCCGGUCCGGACGGCGGCGUCGGCUUGGUGGAGGACGGUUCCGACGCGGCACUGCGGCUCCAGAUGGCGCAAAUGCAGCGGUGCUUCCCGCCCGGCUCGUCCGCGGCCAUGGCCAACGAGCUGCUAAUGCGCCAGUACAAUCAAAUGUUUAACCCCAGCUGGAUGGACCUGAUGAUGCCGUACUUUGCCCGGAAUCCGUACCAGCAGCAGCCGCCGCCUCCGCAUCAGUUUCCUCCGGGACCUAACCCGCACCAACACCACCAAGGUCAUCCCGGCUUCCUGCCGUUGAUGAACCAUCCCGUUCCGCCGGGCCUACUUCCGAUGGGCCACCAGCCUCAACCUCAACCGACGGGAUCACCACUUGGAGGCCUGCUGGCGCCCCAAAUCUCCCCGACGGAAUCCCUGCCCGAGUCGGACCGGUCGUCGGCGUUCAGCGUGACGCAGCUGCAGCAAGUUCCGAGGGAGUCAACGCCGCCGGUGGAAGAAGUGGCCACACCCGAGCCGGUCAGUGAGUCUCCGCGGGAGGGAGGCGCCGGUGGCGCAGCCGCAGGGGAAGAUAACAAAAAAGUGAACUUUAGUAUUGCCUCGAUUUUGUUGCUUUAGUAGUGAGUUUAGAACAAGUGUGUGUGUAUUUAUGAAAAACCCACGUUUUCUUCCAAUGUAACCUCAUGACCGAAUAGUGCCUCGAAGCAUUUUCUGUUUUUUUACUGUUUUGUUCUCUUAUUUGUCGAAACUAUUGAGAUUUUGUACAGAUAUUUUAGGUGUGUAAAUAAAUGGUAUUAGAUUCUUUUUAAAACAUU